ACACACGCGUUGUUGACAUUUGAGACGAUGAAGUUUGGAAAGAAGCUACAAGAUACCGUAGAAACUGCAAACAAGGAUUGGAGGCCAUACUUUAUUGACUAUAAAGGUUUGAAAAAGUUGAUAUCCUCAACACUCGUAGAGCACAAGAGUAAGGAAUUAAACUGCUUGAAUGGCGAGCAAGUAUUUCCUUCUUCGGGAGAACAGCCAUGUUUGUCGGAGAAUAGAGACAAAACUCGAGCAUAUCAAGCAACGGAAACAGAACAGGAGACAACUUUAUUUGUAACAUUGAAGAGGAAAAAUAAGAGCGACGAGGAAAGCAAGAGCAUCAAGAAGCUCAAAGUGGCCAUUCGUUCUUGCCUUAUCUCUUUCUUCACGGCGCUCAAGCAAGAGUUGGAUAAGGUUAACGACUUUUAUCUGGAUAAAGAAGAAGAACUUAUCAUAUCUCAUCACAUGUUGAAAGCUUAUGUAGCAGAAUAUGUCUCAUCACCAACACUGUCAAAGAGUGAUCGGAGAAGUUUGAAGCGUCAGCUUAUCGACUUGCAUGGAAAUGCUGUUAUGCUUGAAAGUUAUGCUACUGUCAACUAUACUGGGUUCAGAAAGAUUCUCAAGAAACUAGAUAAGAAGACAGGCUUCAAUUUCCGAAAGAAGUAUUUGGAAGUUGUUUGGGGAACGCCAUUCUUUUCACUUAGCAUUUUACAGAAUAUUGUAAAAGAAACUGAAAAGUGUCUAAAUCAACUGGAGCAAAUAGCGGCAAAGUGUUCCUAAUUACCAUCGGCUUUUGAACUUUGUGUUUUAUUAAUUUACUCGUAGUCUUGUUUUUGUAUAUAAAGUAAUGAGAUUUCGU